CGUUAAAUAUAAUUGCAGCGCUGGUCACACUGGCCGGGGCGUGUUUUGUGUUUUAUAUUUUUUGUGUGUGUUUUUCUGACUCAAUUAAUUUCUGGUCGACUUUUUAGUUUUGUUUCUCGUUUAAGUUUAGUACAAAUAGGAAGAUAACGAAUCGGGAAUGGGCGCAUCGAAUCGCAACACACGCGUUGCCCUGGGCAUAUCGGGCGUGUCAUUCCUGCUCUUCGUCAUCGCAUAUGCAACGCCCUUUUGGCUGGUCACCGAUGGAAGACUUGAGAAUCCUCGCUUUACCAAUCUCGGGCUGUGGGAGGUGUGUUUCAAUAACUUCCAGGACAUACAUCGAUUCUACGACACUAGAUUCAAUGGCUGCAUGUGGGUCUUCGAGGAGGAAUACUACAUCCUACACGACUUCCUCCUGCCAGGAUUCUACAUAGCUGUUCAGCUCUUUGCCACACUUUGCUUUGUGCUGUGCCUGCUGGCGUUGCCGUUGACGUUGUCCUUCUUGCGCACGUCGCGCGACGAUGAUCGCUAUGUGUUCCUGCUGCUGACGAUCGGCACCUGCCAGGUGCUCGCAUCCAUUUUCGGCUUUAUUGCGGUAGUCAUCUUUGGAGCUAAGGGAGACUCGCGCGAUUGGAUGCCUGGCUGGCAGAAUAACGAUAUGGGCUGGUCCUUUGCCCUGGCUGUGGUUGGCGGUUGUAUGCUGCUCCCCGGCGGCAUACUCUACAUGGUCGAGGCACGUCGCGAGCGCUAUAAGCGCCUCAAUGAGAUUAGCAAUCGCGAGGUAAGCGAAUAUGGCGAUGAUUAUUAUCAGAGCCAGGCGGCGGCAGCAGCAACAGCAGCAGGCACCUCUUCCUCAGGUGGCGCAUCCGCUCCAGCAGCACUGCCACACGACUACUUUGCUCCGGAGCCGAGUCGCCCGCGUCGUCCACAGCCAGGACGCAGCCAGCAGCCAACUGCUACAGCUCCAGCCCACGGCAGCAUCCAAACUGACAUAUAAAAAAGCCAGAGUCUCGAGAGGAUUCACAUAUAUAUAUAUAUUCCACAUGUGGGGCCUUCUUCGAUUAAAUAUUGUUACAUAUCCGUCCAUAUAUACGUAUAUAUAUAUGUCCAAAACGAUUUUCUUGAUCGCCGUCCUUAGUUUAAGUCCGAAUCAACUUCGAAUAUUAAUAUUAAAUAACGAACUUUUAAUCGUUUCACAUAUUUUAUACAAAACGUUCCAUAAAUGUAUUAUUU